AGAUCAGACAGCAGGUCGGUCGGUGAGCUGAGGGACAGACCACACGAAGCACCGGCGAUAAAACACACACCUGAACCUUUGGUUUCUCCUCCUGUGGACUAACGUUACGGGAAGUUUUAUUCAACAGCACAGACGCUUGGAGAGGGUCACAAAGGCUGUCCACCAUGUCGGGGAGCAGGGAGGAGGAGAGGAGGAAACUGGCCGACAUCAUCAACCACUGGAACGCCAACCGGCUCGACCUGUUCGAGAUCAGCCGGCCGACAGAGGACCUGGAGUUCCAUGGCGUGAUGCGAUUCUACUUCCAGGACCGGGUCGCCGGUAACUUCGCCACCAAGUGCAUCAGAGUCUCCAGCACGGCAACAACGCAGGAUGUCAUUGAGACGUUAGCUGAGAAGUUCAGACCAGACAUGAGAAUGCUCUCCUCGCCAAAAUACUCCCUUUACGAGGUCCAUGUCAGUGGCGAAGAGCGUCAGCUGGACCUGGAUGAGAAGCCUCUUGUUGUUCAGCUGAACUGGAACAAAGACGACAGAGAAGGACGCUUCGUCCUAAAGAAUGAGAAUGACAUUCUGCCCAAGAAGAGUCAGAGUAAUGGACCAGAGAAGGAAAAGGAUGGAGUGAUACAGAACUUCAAGAGGACUUUGUCCAAGAAGGAGAAGAAGAAGGAAAAGAAGAGGGAGAAGGAGUUUGCUCGGAUCCCUGAUGGAGACGAGCAGGCGCUCACCCGGGAGGACGGGGAGAACAGUCGCCUGGCAGCAGAAGUUUACAAGGACAUGCCCGAGACAAGCUUUACCAGGACAAUCUCCAACCCAGAGGUGGUGAUGAAGAGGAGACGCCAGCAGAAACUGGAGAGACGCAUGCAGGAGUUCAUGAGCAGUGAUGGGAGGCCAGACUCAGGGGGCACACUGAGGAUAUACGCUGACAGUCUGAAGCCCAACAUCCCUUACAAGACCAUCCUGCUUUCCACGAGAGACACAGCUGACUUUGCCGUGGUGGAGGCGCUGGAGAAGUACGGGCUCGAGAAGGAGAACCCCAGAGAGUACUGCAUUGCUCGGCAAGAUGAUAAGUCCGGCAAGGAGGUGAUUCUGGACGAUACUGAGUGUCCACUGCAGAUCUUCAGGGACUGGCCUGCUGACAGAGGAGCGUUAGUGUUUCAGCUCAAGAAGAGACCUCCUGAUUACCAGGGGAGGAAGGCAAGGAAAAUGGACGACAAAAGCCUCCGAGGGAAGGACAGCUCACUGCCGCCUGAGAAACUGCCUUAUCUGGUGGAGCUGAGCCCAGACGGCUCUGACUCAAGGGACAAACCAAAGCUAUACCGGCUUCAACACAGCAUCACUGAGGUCGGCUCGGACUGCACAGAGGACGGAGCCAUCCAGCUGCUCGGCCCGGGGAUUCUGCCCCACCACUGCAACCUCAUGCACAGUGAAGGCAUGGUGACCGUGACGCCGCACGGCCCCGACGCAGACACAUUCGUUGACGGCCAGCGCGUCACCGAGACGACGGUGCUGCGCUCAGGCUCCACCCUCCAGUUUGGCUCUGCUCACGUCUUUAAGUUUGUGGACCCGAUGUUCGACCAGGGAGGGAAGAGAGAACCAGCCGCCAUGAUGAGGAGCCGACACAAGUCUGGCAGUGUACCAGAAACCACCUUCGACCUUCACGGAGACAUCCACAGUGGAGCUGCCCUGCCUACCAGCAAGAGCUCAGGAAAGCUGGAGAUGGAGAGAGGAAUGGUCAAACCCAUGAUCAGAGGAGAGCAGCAGGACAGCAGGUCUCAGGACAUUUCAGCAGACAGAACAGAGUUGACUCUUCCAGCCAGCAUCGAGUUCAGAGACAACUCUGAAGACACCUUCCUCUCUGCCAUAAUCAACUACACCAACAGCUCCACAGUUCACUUCAAGCUCUCGCCCACUUAUGUCCUGUACAUGGCCUGCCGCUACGUCCUGUCCCCCUCUUACCGGCCCGACAUGUCUCCGUCAGAGAGGACGCACAAAGUCAUCGCCAUCGUCAACAAGAUGGUGAGCAUGAUGGAAGGCGUCAUCCAGGAGAUUCCUGAAGGGGAUCAGAAGCAGAAGAACAUUGCCGGAGCGCUGGCUUUCUGGAUGGCCAACGCCUCCGAGCUGCUCAACUUCAUCAAGCAGGACCGAGACUUGAGUCGGGUCACGCUGGACGCCCAGGACAUCCUCGCUCAUCUGGUCCAAAUGGCCUUCAAGUACCUGGUCCACUGUCUCCAGGCUGAUCUAAACAACUACAUGCCUGCCUUCUUGGAUGACCCUGAGGAACAUAAUCCACAGAGACCCAAAAUCGAGGAUGUCCUGCACACACUCACAGGGGCCAUGUCGUUACUGCGGCGGUGUCGAGUCAACGCCGCCCUGACAAUCCAGCUCUUCUCACAGCUCUUCCAUUUCAUCAACAUGUGGCUUUUCAACAAGCUGGUGACGGACACCGAGUCGGGUCUGUGUUGUCACUACUGGGGGGCCAUCCUCCGGCAGCAGCUCAGCCACAUCGAGGCCUGGGCUGAGAAACAGGGUCUGGAGCUCGCCGCCGACUGCCACCUUAGUCGAAUAGUACAGGCCACCACCCUGCUGACCAUGGACAAAUACUCCAUGCAGGAUGUGCAGAACAUCCAUAACACCUGCUUUAAGCUCAACUCCCUGCAGCUCCACGCCCUCAUGUCCAACUAUCACUGUGCCCCAGAUGAGCCGUACAUCCCACCUGAACUGAUAGACCACGUGGUGGCAGUGGCAGAAAACACAGCAGAUGAGCUGGCGAGGAGUGAUGGCAGAGAGGUUCAGCUGGAGGAGGAUCCAGACCUUCAGCUGCCCUUCCUCCUUCCUGAGGACGGCUACUCCUGUGACGUGGUGCGCAGCCUCCCCAAUGGACUGCAGGACUUCCUGGAGCCUCUGCUGCAGAGAGGUUUUUGUAGGUUAGCGCCACAUCCACGGUCACCUGGUACCUGGACCGUCCACUUUGAAGGAGCUGACUGUGACAGCCACUUCUCUGCAGCUGACAACUCUGAGAUGCCAAUGAGGAAAGAGCCGGAGGUUGUCACGGUAACCCUGAAGAAGCACAACGGCAUGGGCCUCAGCAUCGUGGCUGCCAAGGGUGCUGGUCAGGAGAAGCUGGGCAUUUACAUCAAGUCUGUUGUCAAAGGUGGAGCAGCUGACAUGGACGGACGUUUGGCAGCAGGUGACCAGUUGUUGAGUGUUGACGGGCGCAGUUUGGUCGGCCUAUCACAAGAGAGGGCGGCAGAGUUGAUGACGAGGACGGGCUCAGUCGUGACUCUGGAAGUUGCCAAGCAGGGAGCCAUCUACCACGGACUGGCAACCCUCCUCAACCAGCCGAGCCCCAUGAUGCCAAGAGCAUCAGACCGAGGCCGUGAGAAAAACGGGAAAAUGCGACCAAAGAGCGAAGGCUUCGAGUUGUACAACAGCUCGGUGCAGAACGGCUCUCCUGAGAGCCCGCAGGCUGGCUGGGACUCUUACCCCGAACCAAAGAAGAUGAGCGGCGAAGACCGACUCCUGAAGAACCGAGCCGACCACCGCUCCAGCCCCAACGUAGCCAAUCAAGGCCAGAGUCCUGCAAGCAAGUCGGUGUAUCCUGGAGGACCUGGCACUAAGAUCACCUCCGUCUCCACUGGGAACCUGUGUGCAGACGAUGAGCCCUCUCCUCCCCGUCCAGAGGCCUACCCCAUCCCCACCCAAACCUACCCCAGGGAGUACUUCACCAUCCCAGCGUCCAAGAGCCAGGAUCGGGUAGUGGUUCCAGGACAGGGGCCCUCACAGCAGUGGCAGGGCAUGGAGGACAGAGAACGCCUCCCUGUGGUUGAUAACAUCCACAACAACAGCAUGCAGCGGAUUAACCACUCCCAGGAGGAGUUGUACCCGCCACCAGGAGUUCUGAGGCCGGAUGAGCGCAUGCAGCCGCACUACCAGCAGGACUACCAACACCGGGACCUGGACUACCAACACAGAGACCUUGACUAUCAGAGAGGUCCACCAGGAGUAGGACCAGACCACUGGGCCCCACAGCCACAGGUGUCUUCUUCACUGGAGUCUUCCACAUCCAGCCAGGAGCACCUCAACUUCUCAGCCUCGUCCUCUUCUUCCAACAAGACCCAGAACCAGAAGACUGGCCCGGGCCGAUGGAAGACGCCCAACACCCCUCACGCUGUGCCGCCACAUUCAGCACAGACUCCAUCCCGCUCUGACCUGCCCCCUCCUCCGCCCCCACCUCCGGCCCCUUACCCCGACGCCUACGACCCCUACGACCCCCAGCCCGACCUGCCGCUCCCACCACCUCCCUCCGCUGUCACCCCUGUAACAGCACAGCAGGCUGCUGACCGCAAGAAGCGAGAGGAGCAGCAGCGCUGGUAUGAGAAGGAGAAGGCUCGGCUAGAGGAGGAGAGGGAGAGGAAGAGGAGGGAGCAGGAGAGGAAGUUGGGUCAGAUCCGGGCCAACCCCGUAAUGCCCGUCCAACCUCACAACAACGGAGGAUCCAUGCCUCCUCCUCACCACCAGCCCCCUAUGGCCUCUGUGGCCCCUCCCCAGCCCUACCUCCCCCCACAGCCCCAGCCUCCCCCAUCCAGACCGGAGAAGCUGGCCAGCCUGCCGCGGUCAGCUGUACCUCCCCCCGCCAGUGCCUCCAACCCUGCCGGCAUGGACACAGUCAUCAGGGAGCUGCUUCCGCAGCAGCAGCCACGGACCAUUGAGAGGCGAGACCUGCAGUACAUCACCAUCAGUAAAGAGGAGCUAACGUCCAGUGACAGUCUGUCUCCAGACCCCUGGAAGAGAGAUGCCCGUGAGAAGGCCGAGAAGCAGCAGCAGCUUCACAUUGUGGAUCUGCUGGACAAAGAGAUCCAGGAGCUGCAGGCGAAGCCGGAGCGAACGGCAGAGGAAAGCGACCGCCUCAGGAAGCUGAUGCUGGAGUGGCAGUUCCAGAAACGACUGCAAGAAUCCAAGCAUAGCGACGAAGACGAGGAGGAGGAGGACGAUGAAGACGUGGACACUAUGAUGAUCAUGCAGAGGCUGGAGGCGGAGAAGAGAGCCAGGUUGCAGGACGAGGAGCGACGGCGUAAGCAGCAGCUGGAGGAGAUUCGUAAGCGGGAGGCAGAAGAGCGAGCAAAGCAGGAGGAGGAGAGGAGGUGGAGGGAGGAGGAGAGAGCAAAGCGAGAGGCCGAGGAGAAGAGGAGACAGGAGGAGGAGUACUACACUCGCCUGGAGGCCGAGCGGCGCCGGCAGCACGAGGAGGCCGAGAGAAAGCUGCUGACGCCUGACGACCCGGCCGGUCUGUAUCGGCCCCCGCUGCCCCGGGAUUACCAACCCCCUGCCCCCCACAACCCUACUAACACCCCCCCGCCCCCCCCACAGAGAAACACCUCCUACCUCAAAACCCAGGUCGCCUCCCCCGACACGCUCUACACCGCCAAGUUUGUCUCCUACGCGGGCGAUGAGGAAGACGAGGAGGAAGGACAGGAAGCCACCAGAGCAGGAAGUGGCGGCGGCGGCCAAUCAGGAUUUAACUCGUACACUGGAAACUCAGCAGGAGUUGUAGGAUCAGGAGAAGUCUACAAGGACCCGCGAGACAAAUGGACGAAGAGCCAGGAGCAGGAGAACUCGAUCCCCAGCGGCGCUCCGGAGAGUCUGACCUUCAAGGAGCGCCAGCGUCUCUUCUCUCAGGGGAAGGAGGUUUCCAACAAGGUCAAGGCUUCUCGCAAACUCAUGGAGCUGGAGAACGAGCUCAACACCAAGUAGACCCGAGCCUUUCACCUCCCAGCGCCACCUUAACACCAACAUCGCCACGGUAACAUUAAGGUGCUCCUGGGAAAAUCCGGGGUCGAGAGAGCCGGCGCUCGCUUCCCUUACACUGACCGUCUCCUCCUGUUUGUGUUGUUUCUCCUCUCCCCCCCCCCCCCCCCGUUUUUUUAUUUUUUUAUUUUAAUCAUCAAAUAACUGGACCGUUCACUCUUUUUUUUUUUGACGUAGCGAUAUCGUUGCAACAGGAGAGACAUUUAUGGCUUCAAAAUUUCUUCCCCUCGUUAAAGUCUGUCAAAGAUAUAUAAUGAUAAAGCACUGUAAAAAAAAGUUUUAAUUAUAUCUAGUGAGAAUUUGAGAAUCACACGACAAAGGGGGAUAUAUUUUUGUUUGUAAAAUGGUUCUUGGGGCGAGGGAUGGAGAAAGGUUUAUUCUCAUUUUAAUCUUUUUUUAAAUAGCUUACCGAAAUAUGAACAAUUUUAUGGUGUUAUUUUAUGCUCUUUUUUUUCUGCAUCAUGUUGUUUUCACACUUUUAAUUCCUUCUUGCCAGCAGAAAAUGCCCGAUGUUGAGCUCCAGACCAAUCUUUUAUUUUUAUUUUAAUGUUUUUUUUUUUGUUUUUUAAUUCUCAGUGAGUGGAAACACUGUUAUUCAUUCCGUAGCAAGGAAGCAUGGGAUUUCUUUUUCUUUUUUUUUUCUUUAAUGUUUUAGAUAAACUCUGAAAGAUUCUCCAGAGGAGGAUCGUACAGUCCAGAGAAGGAUCUUUAAGUGCACAACAUUACUGUAAAUAUUUGGGUCCACAACUGUCUCACUCUUUUACUACUGUAGAAACCUGCCAGGAAACUAAACAACUGCAAAACUAAUGUGAUUUAACAACAUUUUGGUGACAGAAAAACCCCAACAAACCCCACUGCUUCUUGCCGUCAGUGGACUUACAUUUUUAAAUGUUUCUCUCCCCCAACUUGAGGUAAUAUUAAUUUUAUUUUCUUUUAGAUGGAAUAGUCAUUUCUUUUGCAGAGUUGUGUGAGGUUAAUUUGACUGAUUGUAGCCUAAAUUCAAGACAGAAAAAGGAACUCUUUCACUCACAAUGUGAUUAAUGUUGGUUUUCACAAUAAUAAUAAUAAAAAAAAAAAGAAACUGCAACUACUCUUUAAGUGCUUGUUUGCUUUACAGAUAUUUAUUUCGAACCUUGUGGAAAAAAAAAAACAUACUUGCACAAAAAGUUGUUUUUACUAUUAAUAUGUAUCUGCAAACUGUUUGGAGAAGUGAAUUACAUUUGGGACCUCUCGUACUGUGGUAAUAAUCUGUGUUUUUCUGCAUUAGAGACGGAAAAAAAAAAGUUCUGUUUUUACACCAGCUGUAGUCGGAGGGAUUCAGAUGUUUUGACAGAAUUGUGACUGUACAAAUAUAUAUACACACAAUUUCCAUAAUCUCACUCACCACCACUGCUGCUCUGCUGAUGUAAAAGAUAAAAAAAAAAAACAAAAAGAAAAAAAAAUAAGCAGGAACACACUCCAGAUCCCGGUGUGUCCCCGAGUUUUAGACGAAAUCUGACAAUAGUGACGUUUCAAAUGUAUCUCUCUUCUGCAGUUUGUUUGAGUGACUCCAUCCUGUGUGUGGACUUCUUUUAUUCUUCUCUCCAGGAGCCUCCACUAAAACUACAUGACGAGAUAAGACGCUGUUAUUAUAACUGACCUGUAAAAACACUACAAGACGUGUCUCCUCCUUCCCCCCCACAACAACAACAACAACAACUCCUUUUUAGGUUUCAAAAUGAACUGAAUCAUUUAAAUGGUUUCAUGUUUAGCCUUUUGUAAAUCAUUAAUAAAUACAGAUUUUUCAACAGUG